CCAGAGGCUGUCAGCUUUCUGAUUUUUGACAGGCUCGUACUCGUUUGGAUGGAGAACCUAACAUUGACUCCUCUCAGGCAGCCGAUUGUGUUUGAACUGGAGGGCUUCGACGUUCCACCAGGACAAGGUCCUCUCUUGUUCUUCUUGGCCCUGUUCGUCUACAUGGUGGUGCUGCUGGGGAACGGUGUGGUGAUCUGUGUCAUCAUGACGGACCGCAGCCUGCACAGACCCAUGUUUGUGAUGAUCUGCCACCUGGUGGUCUGCGACCUGCUGGGCGCCACGGCGGUGCUUCCCAGCCUCAUGAUGCACUUCUUGAUGGGGCAGAAGAAGAUCAGCUACCUCCCAGCUAUUGCUCAGGGUUUCUGUGUUCACACAUACGGUGCUGCUAUACAGACCAUUCUGGCAGUGAUGGCCUAUGACAGGUAUGUGGCAGUGUGUGAACCUCUCAGGUAUCACUCCAUCAUGACUUCGGCUCGGCUGCACAGCUGCUGCGCUGUGGCCUGGAUCGUUGCUCUGCUGCUCAUCGCUGUGCUCUUCUCCUUCCACAUGAACGUCCCGCUGUGCGGCAGCUUCCUUCAACACGUCUACUGUAGCAACCGGAUCAUAAUGAAUCUGGCCUGCACACCCACUCCCAUGAGUGACAUCUACGGUUUAUGCAUGACCUGGUCACUUAGUACAGGGAUGUUCAUCAUCAUCGCUUUUUCCUACAUCAGGAUCCUGGCAGCUGUUUUGAAGCACGGCAGGACCGACAGCAGCAUCCGCACCAAGGCCUUCCAGACAUGUGCAUCACACCUUGUGGUUUAUGUGCUGUAUGAAAUAGCUACACUGAUUAUAGUCAUUAGCUACAGAUUUCCUUCCAUCACUAAAAACAUCACAAAGUUUCUUAGCAUCCUGUUCAUCAUCGUCCCUCCAGCCAUCAACCCCAUCAUCUAUGGGCUGGUCAGUAAGGACCUGUGCUCCAGCAUCAUCAAGCGUUUUUCUACCAGAACCGUUCACAAGAACAGACUCUCUGUCUUACAGUGAAUGUUUAUCUCAAUAGCACUAUUUA